AUGGCGGGUUUAUUCUCACUAGGAGGAGGUAGAGGGAACACCAACAGCCAAGAGGAAAUUACUCCUCCUCCUCCUGAUACCUUAUACUGGUAUAACAACAACAAGAAUGAAGAUGUUUCCUCUUAUCACCGAGGUGGUGGCUUUGAGCUAUGGAACCAGCAGCAGUUACAACACCAACAACAACUCAUGGGUCAGGGCCCUCCACAACCGCGUCCUCUCUUUCACCAAGAUCUCUACUCCGCCUUGGGGGUUGGGCCCAGCAGGCCUAUCUCUGAUGAUCAGUCGUCAUCGAGAUCCGGCUUCAUGCUGGGAGGAAGUGGGAGUGGAAGCGGUGGAAUUAGCUGUCAGGACUGCGGAAACCAAGCGAAGAAGGAUUGCCCUCACAUGCGGUGCAGGACAUGCUGCAAGAGCCGUGGCUUCGAUUGCCAAACUCAUGUCAAGAGUACUUGGGUACCUGCUUCACGCCGUCGUGAGAGACAGCAUCAACUCUCCACCCUGCAACAAAACAUGGAAACUUCUGGAGACCUUCCCAAAAGGCAGAGAGAUAGAGAUCAUAAUAACCCCACCUCCUCUUCUCCUCUUGCCUGCACUCGUUUACCUUCGAACCCCUCCUCCUCAGGGUUAGAGGAGGUGAAUUUUCCGGCUGUGGUGAGAUCUUCUGCAGAAUUCAGGUGCGUACGUGUGAGCUCCAUGGAUGACGCGGAGGACGAAUAUGCAUACUCAACUGCUGUGAACAUUGGAGGACAUAUGUUCAAAGGGAUUUUAUAUGACUAUGGUCCAGAAGGUAACAGUAGUUACGCCGGUGGUGCUGGUGAAAGCUCUUCCACUGGUGUUGGAGGGUUGAACCUCACUACUGGUGCCGUUGUCUCUGAGCCACUCCUUGAUCCAUCUUCUUCCUUGUAUCCAGCUCCUCUUAACACUUUCAUGCCUGGUAGCGGUACGCAAUUCUUCCCUCACCCACGAUCUUGA